AUUGGGGAGCGCUGACUGGAUCCGAGCUGCGAAGCCGCGGAGCUGCGAGCCGUACCCAGGUUGGCACUGAGGUGGCGGAGACUAGCGGCGGCGGGGCAGCUGGACAUCUCUUGCGGGGCGGGGCAGAUGUUUCUGGACCAGAUGACACCGGAGGAGCCUCCCCGCUCUGAGACACGAGGAUAGGGCAACCUCUGAGUCUGCGUCUGCAGAGGACUCGCCUCAUCUCUCCGCACAAUGUCAGGAAGCCACGUGCCUUCUGCCUGUGGUCCCUUCUCAGCCCUGACUCCGAGCAUGUGGCCCCAGGAGCUCCUGGCCAAGUACACGCAGGUACAUCAGAAGGAAGAGGCAGUGGAGCAAGCAGAAUUCUACUAUGACGAGUUCGGUUUCCAGGUGGACAAGGAAGGUGGUGCGGACCCAGCCGUGUCCCUGAUGGAGGACCCUCCACAGCGGCUGCGAUGGCAGGCGCACCUGGAGUUCACCCACAACCACGACGUGGGCGACCUCACCUGGGACAAGAUCGCCGUGUCCCUGCCCCGCUCGGACAAGCUGCGCUCUCUGGUGCUGGCCGGCAUCCCCCACAGCAUGAGGCCACAGCUGUGGAUGCGGCUGUCUGGGGCCCUGCAGAAGAAGAGAAGCUCCGAGCUGUCCUACCGGGAGAUAGUGAGGAACAGCUCCAACGACGACACCAUUGCUGCCAAACAGAUCGAGAAGGACCUGCUGCGCACCAUGCCCGGCAACGCCUGCUUCGCCAACGAGAACAGCAUCGGGGUCCCGCGGCUGCGCAGGGUGCUGCGCGCACUGGCCUGGCUCUACCCGGAGAUUGGCUACUGCCAGGGCACGGGCAUGGUGGCCGCCUGCCUCCUGCUGUUCCUGGAGGAGGAGGACGCCUUCUGGAUGAUGUGCGCCAUUAUCGAGGACCUGCUGCCUGCCUCCUACUUCAGCACCACGCUGCUGGGCGUGCAGACAGACCAGCGGGUCCUGCGCCACCUCAUCGUCCAGUACCUGCCUCGCUUGGACAAGCUGCUCCAGGAGCACGACAUUGAGCUGUCCCUGAUCACGCUGCACUGGUUCCUCACGGCCUUUGCCAGCGUGGUUCCCGUCAGGCUGCUGCUGCGUCUCUGGGACCUGCUCUUCUACGACGGCUCCCGGGUGCUCUUCCAGACCACGCUGGGCAUGCUGCGUCUCAAGGAGGAAGAGCUGAUCCGGUCGGAGAACUCGGCCUCCAUCUUCAACACGCUGUCAGACAUACCCUCGCAGAUGGAGGACGCGGAGCUGCUGCUGGGGGAGGCCAUGCGGCUGGCUGGCUCCCUCACUGACGUGGCCGUGGAGACCCAGCGCCGCAAGCACCUGGCCUACCUCAUCGCAGACCAGGGCCAGCUCCUGGGGACCGGUGCCACCACCAACCUCUCUCAGGUGGUUCGUCGCAGGACCCAACGGAGAAAGUCUGGCAUCACCUCCCUGCUCUUCGGUGUGGACGACCUGGAGGCACUCAAGGCCAAGAACAUCAAGCAGACGGAGCUGGUGGCCGACCUCCGGGAAGCCAUCCUGCGUGUGGCACGCCAUUUCCAGUGCACAGACCCCAAAAACUGUAGUGUGGAGCUGACCCCUGACUACAGCAUGGAGAGCCACCAGCGGGACCACGAGAACUACGUGGCCUGCUCGCGGAGCCAUAGGCGCCGGGCUAAGGCCCUGCUGGACUUUGAGCGACACGAUGACGAUGAGCUGGGCUUCCGCAAGAAUGACAUCAUCACGAUCAUUUCUCAGAAGGACGAGCACUGCUGGGUGGGGGAGCUGAAUGGCCUGAGAGGCUGGUUCCCAGCCAAGUUCGUGGAAGUCCUGGAUGAACGGAGCAAAGAGUACUCCGUUGCGGGGGACGAUGCUGUGACGGAGGGGGUCACGGACCUCGUGCGAGGGACCCUCUGCCCAGCCCUCAAGGCCCUGUUUGAACACGGACUGAAGAAGCCGUCCCUACUUGGGGGCGCCUGCCACCCCUGGCUGUUUAUUGAGGAGGCAGCGGGCCGGGAGGUGGAGAGAGACUUCGACUCAGUGUAUUCGCGCCUGGUGCUGUGUAAGACGUACAGGUUGGACGAAGAUGGCAAAGUUCUGACCCCAGAGGAGCUGCUCUACCGGGCUGUGCAGUCCGUGAACGUGACGCAUGACGCUGCACAUGCGCAAAUGGACGUCAAGCUCCGCUCCCUCAUCUGUGUGGGGCUCAAUGAGCAGGUCCUGCACCUGUGGCUGGAGGUGCUGUGCUCCAGCCUGCCGACCGUGGAGAAGUGGUACCAGCCCUGGUCCUUCCUGCGCAGCCCUGGCUGGGUUCAGAUCAAGUGUGAGCUCCGUGUCCUCUGCUGCUUUGCCUUCAGCCUCUCCCAGGACUGGGAACUUCCUGCCAAGAGAGAGGAGGAGAAGAAGCCCCUGAAAGACGGCGUCCAGGACAUGCUGGUGAAGCACCACCUUUUCAGCUGGGACAUAGAUGGGUGACACUUCCUCCAGGGGCCCUGUCACACCCAGGCCUUCCCCAACCCAUCGGCUACCAGAGCAGCUCCUUCCUGAAGCAAGAGCAGCACCAGCCCACUUUGGAAUGGGGCUCUCAGGUGGCCCAGGACCAUGGUAGGAAGAUUGGGGACACCACCCAGAGCGUCACUGAGGGCAUUGGGUAGCUGGAGCAGAAAGUGGGGGCCCGGCUCAGUCUGUUUCUCCCAGGCUCUUUACAGGGGCCCCAACUUCACUCUUUGUACUGACCAGAAACCUCGUGAGGACGUGGAGAGCCCUGGGGUCCUGGCCGCUUUUGUUCAGGAAGGAGCUGGGGUAGCUGAAGGCCCCUUGGCC